AUGCCCGGUACAAAAGAUAGGGUCUGGUAUCAAACGCGGUCUAGCCCGCGCGACUAUCUGUCACUUCGAUUGAUGAGUAACAUUCAAACGGGUUUAGGGCUUAACCGAGUCAAAGCCAUUUUUCUUGCUCGAUAUUUGUACCAUCCCGACUAUUUGCAACAUGGCUGGCGCAAGAUUGCACAUGUUGUAUUGUGCACACCUCAAUCCGUCUCAAUACGAGCUUAUUUCGAGGUAGCAAAAUUCAUUUCAUGCAUGGCGUAUAUCCCCUCGUACAUGCCCAUGCAUAUGGUAUCGCAUUGGACAAAAUUAGAGUUUUGCCGACAAAGAAUAGUAGGUGGGCAUUUACGGUAUUAA